CAACCACCUUUCAGUUUACAGCACAUAGUUACCAAUCACUGCUAUUUAGUACAUGACAUGUUCUCAAGACUUCAGAGACUUCUGCAUCAUAUGGAAAAAGGAAACUGAAAGUCCGAGAUGGCAAAUGGACCUGCCUUGUCCACUGCUAGAGGUGGGGAAAUAUAUCAAACAUCCCCCCUCUCACUGUUGGAUGUUCUCUAUGCAAAUAAGUUUGAAGGAGAAAUCAUUGAUCCGGAAGUAGUUAAACAGACAGAGGAAAACUUUUACAGAGGGGCCCCACCCAAAUGGUUAAACUUUUAUAUUAGUGAACAGGCAGAAUCAGAUGGCAGUGGAACUCCUUUCAUUAAACGAGAUGGAUACGACAAACUUGUGAGACAGAUUAAAACACAAGGAAAAAGGAAAUUCCCUGAAACAUCAAUUGUUAAUCUGUUCCACCAGCCAGGCUGUGGGGGGACCACAGUUGCAAUGAAGGUGUUAUGGGACUUAAGGAAGACCUUCAGGAGUGCUGUUUUAACAGGCUCAACCUCAGACAUCACAAAUGUUGCAGAAGAGGUGGUCUACCUUUUCACAGCAGGCAGUCGAGGCCACCAGAACACUGUGCUGCUGUUGGUGAAUGAUGAGCAGAUUUUGGAAAAUCUACAAGAGAAAAUUAUUAUGAUCAUUGCUGAGCAGCAGAUAGUCACCCACAAGUCUGUGGUGAUAUUACUUAACUGCGUUAGAAAGGAUGCCCUUCUACAAAACAGAGACCAUGUUGUACUACGAAAAGUACUUUCUGACACAGAAAAGCAAAAGUUUGAUCAAAAAAAUACAGAACUUCGCAGAAAGUACCAUGGCAAAUGCAACCAAUUCCAUGGUUUCAACAUAAUGCAAACAAAUUUCUCUCAAGCUUACGUCAAACAAGUAUGCGAAGUAUUUAGCACAGUCCGAAGAGCAAAGAAACCAAAGAAAACCCAACUUGUUGCCUUCAUAUCCCUGCUAAAUGCCUACGUACCAGGCUCAUAUCUCCUGGAGUCUCAGUGCCUGGACUUCUUCAAACAUGAUGACUACAUUCGUGGAGACUUUUCAAUGGAGGACAGAAUGGAGCCCUUUAGCCAUCUCAUCAUCACCUUCACCACAGAAGCAUCUGAAAAAAAAGUCUGCAUGGCUCACCCUAUGAUAGCACAGUGUUGUACUGAGUUGAUGGCAGAGGCGGGUGUGGCCAGAAGUGACACAGCAAGAAACCUGUUGACCACUUUGUGCAGAGCUGAGGUUCCGGCAUUUUUGGUUGGUUUUGUCAAAGACAUGUUAACCAAAAGAAGACCAAAACCAAAAGAAAGCAAAGAAGAAGAUAUCCAAAACAAUAGUACCGAGAUGAAAGAAGAGCCAGAAAGAUUUUCUAGACUGAUUCUAGAUAUUCAAAGGAUGGAGGGUGAUGGUCAGAGUGCAUCUGUUUUAGCAAUGGUGUCUAAAAAGUUUGCUCAAAAUCCAUUUUUUCCACAGGCACUUGCUCGUUUUUAUUACUCAGAACUACAAGACUACAAUCGGGCAGAAAUGUGGGCAAAGAGAGCAAAACAAAGAGAUCCCCAAAAUUCAUUUAUUGCUGACACUCUGGGCCAAGUCCAUAAGAACCACUUAAAGAACAUGGAGCAUUCUGCCAGUCAAAGAGAAAUUUUGCAUAUGGCUAAAAAGGCCAUUGAAGCCUUCAAAGAAGAAGAACAACUUGCUGAAAAUGAACGUGGGACAGACAUGAAAGGGGAUGGCAAGACCAAAAUCCCACAUUUGUUUAACACCAGAGGGAUGUUUGGUUAUCUACAAGUUUGCAACCUUGUGUAUGACCGACUUGUCCGUCAGAACAUAACUUGGAGAGGAGUUCUCACAAAGACUGUGUCCUUGGGCUCUGUCCUAGGAUCAUUUGGAGACAACAAACUCUUCAGAUUUUACAAUCUAAUAAACAGCCUAAGAGAUGAGGUUGAGAGGAAGUGUGCAUUUUUUGAUAAAUAUCUGACUUACUCAAAGCCUAACAUAAAAAAAGAUGAUCCCCCAUACAUCUCUAAAGACACCACAGACUGCUACAGGAAGUAUGUCGGAGACUCCCCACCAAAGCACUUCAAAGAAAAAGGUGCUGCUCUCAUCCAGAAGCUUAAGCAAAACCUGGCCGACACAUCCGCUGGAGUACUCUCAUGUCUUGACAGAGAAUGCACUGAAUCAGACCUUAAGGAAAUAACUACAUGGUGGGAAGAAAUCUUUUUACAAAGAGAUUCGGUCUCAGCUCUGGCCAACUAUAUCCUUGCUCAUAUCAUGUUAAGAAAUAUGGGAGCAAUGUUUCCUUCUGACUGCAAUUAUUUAACUGAUUUUAUAGAGAAAAUGCCUCUGAUCCACGAAGAUUCACCUGAGCUCCACAUGUUAACCCUCCUCCUGUGCUGGCCUUCAGACAGUAAAGAGAAAUGUGUCCACGACCUCAAGGAAUUAAUUCCGGGCAUGCACUGCUCCUAUGACUAUGCAUAUAAGACACACUUUCGAUCAAGGUACCUCCCCCCUCUGUUUUUCAUUGGAAAAGGUCAAGAUCUGACCAGAAUUGUUCACAGAAAGGUGCUCAAAGAAAUUUUUCUUGAGCAAAAUGAGGAAACAAUACAAGAUUGGAGCAACGAGAAGAUUUUCAAAGAUCCGAAUGUCCAAGACCGUCUUCUCAAAGUUGAAGGAGUGGUACGAAACCACAGAGUCUACGCAAACAUUGGUGGUACAGAGAUUGAGAUGGAUGCAAACCUGAGAAACAGCCUCGAGGAAGACUGCCAAGUUUCCUUUUACAAUGGAUUUACCAUCAGAGGUCCUGUAGCCUUUGCCAUCCAGAAAACAACUGCAGAAAAUGUACAAUCCUCAGAGAUGGCUAACCCAGAACCAGAGGAAAGAAAACCCCAACUCUCUGCCUUGAUGGACAACAAUGGAGGUCAUUUCAUAGAUCUCCAUCAGAUGGUUCUGAUUAACAGAGUGACUGAUACAGAAGGCAUCCUGUUGAAGCUCAAGGACAGGAGGUUGAUCUCAAAUGAGAACUAUGAGGCUGUGAGAGCUUUAAAAUCCAAACAAGACCAGAUGAGUGGCAUUCUUCAGAGUUUGACUUCCAGCACAAUGGGCAAAGACGCUCUCUAUGAAAUCCUUAAAAGGAUGAAGAGUAUGAGGUCUCUCAUCAAUGAGCUUGAGGGAUCUGAUUAAAGGUGCAAAAUGUACUGUAAAAAUAUGUGUUGUAGCUUUUGACAAUAAGUGAGCUUUUGACACAAUAGUCGGUGGACACAAUGCUAUCCAUUAAAUCCAGCGCCCUAUACUACUUAUCAGGAAAGCACUGAUUUGGUUAUUUAUAUCCAGGUCAUUUGUAU